AAUGACGCUGAAACAUACAUGUGUCAUGGCUUCAUGGCAGAAACACUAUCAUGGGUGCUCAUCAGCACUAUCUACUUAAGUGUUGUUCGUCCUCCAGAUAAGAAAACAAUCAUAACAGAGUCUGGACAGAACGUCACUCUGACAUGUCGAGCUCCAAACAACAACAUCAGAGGUGUUUAUUGGACUAGAGCUGACCUGUUGCCAGAAUAUGUGCUUUUAUACCAGGAUGGUGGUUUUGAUCCGGAAGACCAGCAUCCAUCUUUUAAGAACCGGGUGGAUCUGCAGGACAUAAAGAUGAAGGAUGGAGACGUGUCUUUGAUUCUGAAGAAUGUGACGAUUAAUGACACCGGAAUACACACGUGUCAUGUUUUCAUGGCAGAAACAAACUCAUGGGAGAUCAUCAGCAUCAUCUACCUCGUUGUUGUUGAUCCUCCAGGUCUCCACUUCAUCAGACAUCACCUAGACAUGAGGCCAACACAAACAGCAGCCUAACCGACGAAGAUGAUGGAUCCAUGGUGUCAGGAAAGCCAGAAGCAGAGGAACUGGAGAGAUACCAUUCACUGUCCAAUGUCCAUUCACUGGAGGUGUGGAUGUAUUGCAUGGCUUUCCUCAGAUCAAGAAGCUGUCGAUCAAAGUCAAUACAGCUCUUCCUGCAUCUGCAGCCUGUGAGAGACUUUUUAGUCAUGCAGGACUCCUGUUCACUGCCAAACUGUCACAGCUUCACAGCAAGAACCUUGAGAGCCAACUGCUGCUGAAGCUGAACCACCAGUUCACUGACCGAAGAAACAAUUUAUGGUAAAGUGAGCCAUACACAUAUGUACAUCCACAUAGUGGAAAUUUGUAUUUGUCUUUUAUAAUUAGUUUUACUCUGAUUUCAGUGUUUAUUUGUGAGUGUAGUUUUUACAUUUUUACAUAUGACAUUGUGUUAAUCCACUGUCUAUACUUCAGGGUAUUUUAGUAUACAAAAUAGAAUGUCUAUUCUUGUGGAAUUUUAGCACAGAUGUUUUUUUUUAUGUUUUUUUGUUUUUAAAUUCCUG